AUGCGAGGAGGGAGCGGGAUGCUGCUGCUGCUGCCGGUGCUCGCCGUUUUGGUGCUGGCCGUGCUGGCGCUCCUGCCGUCGGCGGCGGUGGCGACCAACUACACGGUGGGCGACGAGAAGGGGUGGAACCCCAAGGUGGACUACACCGCCUGGGUCAAGAAGCACAAGCCCUUCUACAAGGGCGACUGGCUCCUGUUCCAGUACCAGAACGGUCGGUCAGACGUGGUGCAGGUGGACGAGGUCGGCUACGACAACUGCAACAAGGAGAGCGCCAUCACCAGCCACAACAAGGGAACCAGCUACGCCUUCCAGCUCAAGGAGGCCAAGGACUACUUCUUCAUCUGCAGCUACGGCUACUGCUACUCCGGCAUGAAGCUCGCCGUCACCGUCAAGAAGGGCUCCGCCGCCUCCUCCUCCUCAUCCUCUUCCUCGUCCGACUCCGACUCCGACUCCGACUCCUCCCCCACGCCGGCUUCCAAGUCAUCCUCCAAGUCCGCCGCUGCCGUUCCCCUUGCUGCCGGCCGGGGCGUCGCUUCCUUCGCCGCCGUCGUCGGCGCAGCCGCGAUGCUACUUAGAAUGCUCUGAUCAAUUGCACAAUUAAGCUCAGUUUGGCUCAGAUCUUGAGCUGAAUUCUUGUCAGAUUUUUCUCUUGUUAAUUUCUUCCUCCUCCCUUGGUUAAUUAAUUUUCUCUUGUGCGCUUGAUGUAAGUUUUCUUUUCUUAUUUUUCGAUUUGAUUCCGAACGGUGUCUGGUC